UACCUACGGUUGAUAACACGGUUAGGUUCGAAUCGAACUGUUGUUCCCGUCGCUGCAUUCUCGGUACUCCAGACAGGUUGAGUCACCUAGCAGGAAUUUGCCACGCGACCACAUUCCACAGUUCACUAGUUUCGUCGUCGAAACGCCACCGUGAUAAAGUGCGUUCAUCUAACAGAAUAGCUGAGCUUUCGUGCCGUAUACGUCGCGAAUAGUUGUUUUCCUUGAAGAAGGGAACUGCGUUCCGUGAAUCAUCCCUUUCCCUCGAAAGUCGGUGUCAUUCGACGUCCAUUAUUGGUGUUGGUGUGUAGCCCCAUCACGUACGUGAAAAUAUUCGUCUUUGGGUGGAUUGUGAGGUAUUGUUAUUUUCGUCGGGUUCCUUGAGUCACCACCCCCUACAACACGACGACGUACUUCACAGAAAAAAAAAGCCUUGUGUGCGAGAUUUCGCGAAGAACCCCAUUCGGAAACGCAUCACUGUAGUCGUGUAGUGUAGUGUCUAGAUAUCUGCGCCGGCGAAAAGCUCUCCUGAGAAGAGAAGAACCAUCAUCAUCAUCCAUACGACCACAGUUUCGUACACAGAGAUACACGGUGCGAAUUUGUGCUCAUUGCCAACAUCGCCUCUAUUGGUACCGCUGCGCUGCACUCCUUAGGCGUGGACCGUCGACGUCUCGGUUUUUCGCGACUGCCACCACCGUCAGUGUUGUAGAGUGUGUUUUUCCGGCGAAAGUGUGUGACAACAACGCCCAACAGGAAGCAAGCCAUUCCCAAGAUCAUCGUCAAGAAAUUCAGUUCAAAGUGGAAGUGUGCAAGUUCACCCCGAUCUAGGAAGAAUAUCUAGUGCUUACGUUGUGUUCCCCGACAGUGAAACCUUGUCUAGCGAAAUCUGAAAGUUUGCCAAUAAUAGUGUGCCGGAGUCCUGCGAAGUUCCUCAAGUUACCCGAUACGUUCAACCAACUCGGCAUCGUCAUAGCAGCCGCAAGUGCAUAACCCCAGAAAGUGUUGCGGUUUUGCCCCAGGCAGAUCCAGCCCUCGAGUGUUCCGGAAAGUUGGUUCGAUUGUCUGUCUGUGUGCAUCGGCCUUUCUGCCAGCCAGCGACAGCCACGUUUUGUUAACCGUGAAAAUUGGAUUAUAUUACUCCGGGCAGAUCAAUAGCAAUAAUUAAAACUAGCACGCUAAGGAACCACCACCGAGAAACUCUACGGAUCCGGUUGAACAGCACCGCAGCGAGGAAACCGGCCACCGUAGCCUCAAAGGCAGCACGACAGCAGCGCCUCGGAGCGCCUACCCUGGAGCACCACCGCCCUCGCAGGCCACACUAAAGGGUGCCCAGCGACCCGCUAUGACUAGUCCAGCCGGCGGAAUCCCCGGUGGCCCAUUCAGAGGAACAGGAGGCUACGGUUACGCACCGACACAGCAGGCGGCCUACCGGUACUCGGCCCCGCUGGCGCAACCGGCGUAUGCGACCUACACACCACACACCACUACCACGGUAAGCUUAUUAGCACCGUCGGAAAGCACCCUUUAUAACUCAAAACAUCAGUACGGCCAGCGUGUACCGACAGCAGCAUCGCCCAGCAACACAAAUUCCAGCAGUUCAUCCAACACCGGUUCCCAGAGUGGCACGCUGAGUACGAGUCUGAGCAAUACCAACACAAACAACACGAUGGGCCCCAGCAGCACCCCACAGCAGACGGAGCAGCUGUCCAAGACGAACCUCUACAUCCGCGGACUGCAGCAGAACACAACCGACAAGGAUCUGAUCAAUAUGUGUGCACAAUAUGGUACUAUCAUCUCCACAAAGGCAAUAUUAGAUAAAACAACAAACAAAUGUAAAGGUUACGGAUUUGUUGACUUCGAAUCACCGGCGUGCGCCGAGGGUGCCGUCAAAGGUCUCCAAGCGAAGGGCAUUCAAGCUCAGAUGGCCAAAGUGGGUAUCUGGGUGCUACAUAGGCCGGCCGUUCAACAAGAACAGGAUCCAACCAAUUUGUACAUUGCGAAUCUACCACUUACCUAUAAGGAAACGGAUGUAGAAAACUUACUUUCCAAAUACGGCCAGGUGAUCUCGACAAGAAUCCUACGGGACCAGAAUGCACAGUCCAAGGGAGUCGGCUUUGCCCGGAUGGAAUCGCGGGAAAAGUGCGAACAGAUCAUUCAGAUCUUCAACGGUACCCAGCUGCAAGGUGCCAAGGAACCUUUGCUGGUCAAAUUCGCCGACGGUGGUUCCAAAAAGAAGAAUCCUUUCAAGAGUCCGGAUCCGAACGCCCGGACCUGGCGUGACGGAGCUGAGGGCAUCCCUGUAACGUACGACCCGAACCUACAGCAGAACGGCAUCGGAGUGAACGUUGGAGCCCAUAUCAGUGUGCCGUACGGGCGGUUCAGUGCUCCCCAGGUGGGCAGCUACGCCGUGCCCGGCUCCCAGUGGGUACCGAGCGGGUACAUGAUGACCCAACCGAUUGCGCCAGUUGACGAUCAGCAGUACGUACAGAUGCAGGCCCCACAUCUUAGCGUUGGCACACCCUACAAGACCGAUGCUGUAACGAAUGUACAGCCGAGGGGCGUGUCGAUGAUCAUGUCCAGUGAUAAUCCAGCGGCUGGUGUUCCUUAUGGCAUGAUGCCACAGCUCACCACACUACAGAUCGGUUCAUCGUACAUCAGCCCAACGUACCCGUAUUACGCGCCCACGCCGUCGAUCAUCCACACGAUGCAGAUGGGCGAUUCGGAGCAGGUCAGCACGGCGGCUUCACCAGACGAAGCGUACACCACACAGUAUCAGCAUGGUCCUAAGUAGAGUCCCGCCGGAUCGGGUGCUAUUCGCCAGAUCUAGAACGGCAAUAAUCAUCACAAAAACAACAGCCGCCAGUUGAAGAAGCAGGAGAAGAGAAGGAGGAGUAGUUUCCAUUUAUCAUGAUCAUCGUCGGCGUCUCAAAAUUUGCCGCCUCAGUCGAACGAAGAAAAACAUAGAAAAAUCAUAGAAGCAAGCUCAGCUGGUUACAACAACCAAACCAACGGUUAUGGUUCUAAGUCAGGGUAGUAGGAAAGUUGAGGGAUUUAUGAAGCGAAAAAUCAUCGGAACAAUUGAUAGCAAUGCCAAACAGAUACAGUUCGAAAGUGAACCUUGAACAGAAAGGUUCCGCUGCAGCAAUUGACACAUGUAAUGGGAUUAUGGGACAUUCGGGGAUUCAAACUCCCAAAGCAGCGUUAACGUGGGAGUUAACAAAGACACAAUCACACACUCACAGACAUGCGUACACACAGAAGCGUAACCGAUACCUCAUCUGAGACGAGAUAAACAUAACGCCGUUUUUACAUAAGACUUGAAGAGAACAAUUCAGAGAAUUCCACGAUAACGAAAAAAGGCACACACACUUCGAUGCAUGAGAAGAACGAUAGAAGACGUGUGUUUUAGGGACACAGAUGCGACGGAAUUCGACCUGCCCUGCAGGAUUGCGUGUGUGUGUGUUGAAAGUUCCAUGUUUAUGUAUUUGUUUUUGUUCGAAAUCAUGAGCGAACAGUUUAGACUACCAAACAACUAACAUUACCACCACCAUCGAGGUUUUUGCCGAGAGCGAAAAUCUACUCGUUACUAUGACUGUUUGUUAUUUUUUAUUAUUAUUUUCUCACAUUUUCCCGAAACGUUAGGAAAUAAAUUUGGUUCAAUGAAAACAUCGCUAAAAUGAUGAAGAUUCUUUGAAACAAUUCAAAGAAAUCGCUCAAGAAGGGAAUAUCCGAUUCAGCAUCCUGAGUAUGUGCGUUCCGCUGUGCACAAACUGAAAAGGAGUCUGCUGCGUAGAAUUUUCCCAACGUAUUGUGUUUAACAUACAAUCAACAAAUCCUUUAUUUUGUUUUGUUAAGUUUUUACAGUUGUUUUUUACCACUUCCUAUUUUCUUCGAAAUAAAAAGUACUUUAUUUAUUACACCUUCUCUCUGCCGCAGUAGAGAGUAACGUCUGUUCUGAGAAGUAGGAGAACGCUCGAAAUUAGAAAGUGAGAAUAGUACUGACACGAUCAACAUUAUUACCGAAACCGACGAUGAGAGCGAGAAACCAAAUAGAAAGUCGAAAUAGGAAAUUUUCUCGAACAUGGCCUGCGCCAUUGUCGUGAUUAAUAGGCGAAAAACAAAGAUGAUUCCAAGCUUUGUUCAGAUUGAUUAGGAAAAGAAGACUAAUGAAAUGAAGAGGAUGCUAGUGAAGGUAAAACAGAGAGAGAAAGAGUCGCUUUUUUCCUUAGGGUAAAUUUUAAUUUAUUUUUGUUGGUUAAGACAGAGAACAGCUUUGGGGAUAGGAAGACGAAUGUCUAAACGUUAUAAGAAAAUGUGCAAGGGAAUGUCGAGCCACUGUGCUAGAAAAAUGGAACGAAAGCGAAAUGCAAAAGAAUGCUAGCUCAUAGUUUUAGUUUUUAGUUCUUAGAUAGACCGAUUUAAAAAUUUACAAUUUUGAAGAAAACUGAGAACACCCAGACACGAUACAUUUGUUGAUCGACAAGUGCAUUGCCGAGUGCACCGGAAAUCACUAGGAGGAUGAUUAAGCUACAUAGGUGAUGUGGAACGGAAGUGAAAGUAGUGAUGAGAUAGGAAGUUUUAUAAAAUUGAUGAUUCUUUUCUAUGAUUUUUUUGUUUUGACUUAGUUAUAAUUUUUCGUAACUUUAAGUAACCAGAUACUGGACUAUUUGCAUGAGAAGUGAGAAUCAAGCCAACGUGCUGAUGGUUAGAGGUCGAAGAUGAGGAACUGAAUGACAGAAGUAUGAAAGGGUGAGUCAGCGAGAGAGAAAGAGGUAGAAUAUCUAUUUUUGCAAUGAAACCUAAAUGCAAAAUGGCAAUGAAAGUAAGUAGAAAGGUCGAAAAGGGAGGAGAAUUUGAUUUUUUUUUGUUUUGUAGUAGAAUCUUAUCGGUAAGAACGAAGGAAAUUUGCUGAAAACGAUUGAAUAAAGGGUGAGGCUCGCACAUUGUUUCGAGGGUGUUGUAAGAGAAAUCAACAUCUCGGGCACUGGCGAAGCAAAGCAAUUCAAGCAAAAAAAAGUCAAAA